AUCGGAGGGGCUGACCAUAGUCCCUCCGAUGCGUCGCCGUUCUCUUCGACACAUCAUCUCCUCGUCCUUCCGUAUCCUGGGUCUGGUCGGUUUUGUUUGGCUUGAGCGUUUGGUUGGCUGGCGGGACUGGUAUGCGGGCAAUGAAGGGGGCGCGUCCAUAGCACGGGUCGGUUUGGGUUCGCCGGGCUGGGUGACUGGGUGGGCCGGUCAGUUGAAUGGAGAAGGGGAGAGGCGCUUCGGCCGGUCGGCUUGUUUCGAAGCAUGGCAGCUCGGAUGGAGAGGGAAAGGGAAUGGUGCAAUAUGGACGUGGGUUCUGAGGUGUCAUGUAGGAAUAUAUUGCCGUUGUCUUUGUCGUUCCCCCAUGUAUCUUCUGUUUGCUGCCAUCUCGUGCGUGUGGCUAUCGGUGCCCGUCACGGUAUGUAUGAGUGCUCUUUGGCACCUCCCUUUGCUUGGAUAAAAACAACAAAUUCUCAUAUUUCCGACAGUUCUAUCCCUUCCUCCUCGAGUAUCGCUCCAAGGCCUGGCCGAGGUGUUGACCCCAGUUCUAGCUCGCAGAAAUCUCCGACGGGAAGAUACAAGUUCGAAAUAUUCCCAACGCCCACCAUGAUCGUGUCCCACCAUACCCGUUCGUGUUUAUCUCCAUCCACGUCUUCCGCUCCCUCCUCGCAAAGGACUAUGAACUCCCUUCGCCAACCCAAUAUUACUGCCGAACUCCGUUUAUACCAACUGGACCGCGCAUUAUAUUCCCCAUUACCCUCAUUGUCACCACCAAACAAUAACGACGCCCCCCUAGAUACGGAUAUAUUCUCGACCCCCGACCACGACCAGCGUGCCGGAAUCCCUCCAAACCGCGACGAUCUCGCCCGAGCCGCACCCCCCAGCAAAGGGCCGGCCGUCGCCGCUGAUAAAGAAACAAUACUAAUACUACUGGUGCUACUGGUGCUACUGCGCCUGCUACCCGCCGCAAUCCCCGUAGUGCUAACGCCAGCGCCAGCACCAGUCUCAACCCACGCUCCGGCAUAACUCGCGCGCCUCCCGCUCUUGAUAUUCUUCCCAUUACCCAUAGCACUGGCACUCCCACUUCCACUCAUACCCCCACUUAUACUCUCAUUCCCACUCCCACUCCCACUUUCACCCUCACCACUACCCCCUCCCCCUCCAACCCAAUCUCCCCUUCCACCCCCACCCCCAACC